AUGGCCAACAUUCAUCAUGCCGGAUCUCUCUCCGGUCACAAUGGCACUUCUACCGCCAGAACUUGCACCUGCAAGUUCCCGAAACCCUACAUGAGCAAUGACAACAACGACAAUAUCAGUGGCAAUGGAGAGAUCAGCAAAAUCCUCCUCACCGAGAAACUUCAGAUGGAUAAUGGUGUCAUGUACACUCGUCGACACGUUUGCGAACCCGCGACCAACUCAAACCCCUGGAGACAGGUCGUCCAAAUUGCCAGGCCCAAGACUCCUCCUAAGAACAAAUCACUUUGGGUGGUCCGCCAGCGCCAGGAUGGUAAGAACCCGCAUUGGUCUCUUUUCGCUGCAUUCAACGACGACACCGACGGUCCGCCGGGCAGAGUCUGGCAGGUCAACGGAGACCCCGAUGUGGGAAUGCACUACGCCCACGGCUCACCCGACCAAGGUAUUCCCAUCUUCCUCUCGGCAUCCUUUGCUGACAAGCUCCUCGUCUGUGACGACCUGUCACAGGACUGGGAGACCAAGCUUGACGAGAUUGCCCACACCAUCAAGCCCCCUGGCCCGCCUCAGACACCUGAAAUUGAAGGUACUCGACAGAUUGACUUCAACCGCGGUACCUGCAAGACUUGGGUGUGGCAGGUUCUGGACGAGCUCGUGGCGGAGGGCAUUGUUUCUGGCGCUGUUGCUACUAAAGCUAGGAACCUCCAGCCUGUAAAGCCACUAAAGUAG